AUGGGUGGGAAAACUAAGAAACCCAGAGAGGAAGAUAUUCACUGGACAAAUGACAUUAUCCCUGAGGCCCCACACAACCACACCGCGUGGAGUAAUCACAUUAAUACCUCCGCACCUCCGCCGGGCUCCCGGGCUCCGCCCUCUCCCCUCUCCGAGGUCCUGGCGGGCUUACCCCGGAGGGGGCGGCCCCAGCUGCCAGCCCGGGCCGGGCGGAGCUCUGUCCCGGGCGGAGCUGAGGCUGCAGCGUCCAGCUGCGGGACCCAACUCGAGCCGAGCCGACUGCGGGAGCGGCGCGAGCCCUCUCCGCCCGGGGGCCCGGCCCCGCAACUCCGCAGCUCGCAACUGCCCAGCGUCCCCCAAAACGGCCCGGAGCGCACGGCUCCCAGAGCUGGCCGAAGCCCCGCGGCGUCCCCCGAAGGCGCGGGCUCCGGCUUGGCCGCCCCUCCCCCAUCUCCCGGGGCUCCGGCAGUUCCGGAGACUUUCCCUCCGUCUCUCAAGUAUCCGUGGCUCCCCAGAAGCCCAUCCCUCCGGGCCCGCCUCCUCGUCGUCACCCGCAGGGCCCCGGGGCCCCCGAGCCCCACACUCCCCGCGGGGCCGCCCCGUCCCCGACCGGCCGGAGACGCGCCGGGGCGGCCGGGCUGCGGAGGAAGGGGCGAGGCCGGCGGCGGUCCGGAGCCCGGCGGGCGGGGCCGGGAAGGGGAGGCGUAG